GUCAAUCUGGAAAAAAAGACUGUGACUGUAGAAGCUGGAAUUGAAAUAACGCAAUUAAAUGAAAAACUUUCGAAAUAUGGGUUGGCAUUGAGUAAUUUGUGUUCUAUUUCUGACUUGACUAUUGGUGGAGCAAUUUCUACUGCAACUCUUGGAACUGGAAUUAACUUCGGGUGCCUUAGCACACAGAUAAAGUCUUUAACAUUGCUUACCGAUUCUCACGGUAAAAUGCAUUGUUCAGAAACCAUGAAUUCGGGUGUUUUCAAAGCCAUUUUAUGCAGUUUAGGCGCAUUAGGAAUAAUUACACAGGUUACGAUUCAAUGUGAAACUGCGUUUCUUCUUGAAGCGAAUCAAACGCCGGCAAAAUUAAACUACAUUCUGGAUAAUUUGGAUGCUAUUGUUCAUUCGACUGAACACGUUAGGUUUUGGUGGUUUCCGCAUACCGAUGAUUGUAUUGUUUGGAAAGCAAAUCGUACAAACAAAGUAAAACCAUCACCACAAAAAUUAUCUUACAUUCAUGAUACCUUGUUCGGAUUUCAUCUCCUUCAGUUGGUCCUUUAUUUAUCCCGUUUCCGAUCAUCCACAAUUCCAAAAAUUAACCAAUCAAUAUUCUCACUUAAAUUCUCCAAUCCUAUUCAUUUUAUUGACGAUUCUCAUAAAGUUUUCUGCUUCGAUUGUCUAUUUUCACAGUAUGUGAAUGAAUGGGCAAUACCGAUAGAGAAAGCAAAAUAUGCUAUAAGAGAUUUACAGAAAUGGAUAGAAACGAGUGAAAUCAGAGCACAUUGUCCGGUUGAAAUUAGAUUUGUUGAUCAAGAUGAUAUUUGGCUGAGUCCAGCUUAUGGAAGAAAAGUUUGUUAUAUUGGAAUUAUCAUGUAUAGGCCAUAUUAUCAACCUGUGCCUUAUAGAAAAUAUUGGGCUGGAUACGAAAGUAUAAUGAGAUCUUAUGAAGGACGGCCUCAUUGGGCAAAGACACAUACAAUGUUCCGAUCUGAACUUGAAAAGGCGUAUCCAAAAUUUCAGUCUUUUAUAGAACUUCAAAAACAAUUAGAUCCCACCGGAUUAUUUUUAAAUCCUUAUUUAAAGAGACAUUUGUUUGGAGAUAUAAAAAAUCUUAAGUCAAAAUUGUGA